AUGUUGUCAGUCCCAAUAACGAAGCACGAAAACUUUAACAAUACAAAUCUCAUAUAUGAUAUUGCCCUCAUUCGCACACCUCGUGUGGAGUACUCGGAGUUGGUUAAAAAAGUGUCGCUUGCCGAUCGCGAUAAUGACUACGAAGGAUCCUGGGCUAUUAACAGCAAGAAGAACUGCUGGAAUUUCAUUAAGAAACCAUCGGACACCAAUAUCUGCGUCGGUCCAAAUAUCCGCCAUGGCGACUCUGGUGGUCCAUUGGUAACACGUGAUGAUUCCAAACUCGUUGGUCUAUCUUCUUUUAUAGACUCGGAUUUAAGUGGAUUCACUCGGGUUAGCGCAUAUCUGGACUGGAUUCGUAGUCACACUGGCCUAGAAUAG